AUGAGAGUUGUAUUUUGGGGGGACACGGAGGAUUUGGAUAGCAAAGUACUGGCUGGAGAGUCCCCGAAGAGACGGAAAUCCUGGGAGCCAGGAUUGGGAACAGAAAGGUUUUGCUUUUUUGGCCAUGAGAUCAGCAUCCAAGAAUCGUUUGAAUCAUAUGGUGCACUCACCUGGCCUGGGGCAGUGGCUCUCUGCAGGUACCUGGAAGCAAAUCAUGAGCAUAUCAGUCUGCUAGAUAAGGCAGUGCUGGAGCUAGGAGCAGGAACAGGACUGGUGUCCAUUGUGGCCUGUUUAAUGGGUGCUUGGGUGACUGCCACAGAUCUGCCUGACAUCAUGGACAAUCUGAACUUCAAUCUCUCACGCAACACACGGGGUCGCUGCAAGUACACACCUCAGGUGGCCCAGCUGAACUGGGGGGAAGACCUGGACCAUCAUUUUCCCAGUUCUAUCUAUAACUAUGACUACAUCCUAUGUGCAGAUGUUGUCUAUCACCACAACUGUCUGGAUGAGCUUCUACUCACCAUGAAGCACUUCUGCAAACCUGGAACAACCCUGCUCUGGGCCAACAAGAUCCGCUUUGCUGCAGACCUGAAUUUCAUUGAAAGUUUUAAGGCGGCCUUCAACACCAUACUGCUAGUGGAGGUUCCAGAGGAGAUGGUGCGAAUCUACCAAGCCACUGCACAAGAGUGAAUGUGAGAAGACACCAAGAGCAAAAGACAGCAACUGAACUACUAAAACUAGAUUAAAAAGAAAACUUGCCUAUAUAGUUCACAAAAUUACAUAAAAAUAUUUAAAAAUGUCAA